AUGGGUGCACACCACUCGUUUCCUGUGCCAUCAGCAAAAGCUCCCGUACCCUCACCUGUGGUGUCCCGCCUCACAUAUAAUGAAGGCAACGAAUAUUUAGACGGAAUUUCUUUGAAUGGAGAUAAUCCACCGUACAAAUUAAUUUUGGAAUGGCUCGAGUGUUUGCCAGAUGUGCGUGAGUUCACACACGUCCCAGAGGCAGAGAUUAUCUCCAACGGAGAAGCUGAAGCCCUUCAGUGGGAUUUGUCAGUUGGUGGUUACGGGGAGUUAAGCAAUGCCCCCGGUGAAAAUGUGCACUAUAUCUCAGCUGUGACGCUUCGUACGCCGCGAGAGCCUAGUGCUGGUUACGCGGAGAAGGUUACGCGUGCAAAAGGAUGUUGUUUUGCCCGUUUGGCAUAA